AUGGGUGUGGCAUGGGCAUGGGCUGUAGCAGCUAUCAUAGUGUUCAGACCUGUGGCUCGCCGUUUCUGCUUUGUCGGAAUUGGUACGCCUGGUUCGUCAGACAGCAGGUUCCAGCUGCAGCCAAAGGUCAGCAUGCGAGUUUCAUCGCCUGAGUCUUUGCAGCUUCCACGUCAUCCCGAGAACGAGAAGGCCAACAAAGUUUUGGCCAAAGCAGAGGGUCUAGCAAAUGAGAUAUUGUCACGUUCUUCAUCUUUGCACCGAUCUAGGGAUCGGGACGUGGCAGAGAGAGUUGAUGCCCAAGACCGAGUGUAUGCUAACACCUUCGUGGAUCUCGGUUCUGCAAAAGUUAUCGGGUUCGAUUAUGAUUAUACUCUUGUGAGUUACAAACCGGCUGUGCUGCACCUUAUUUACCGCCUAGCCACUGAGCAGCUCGUCAGUCGGCUUGGAUACCCGAGGGACAUGUUGCAUGAUCUCCCUGGAUACGAUGCACAGUUUGCGAUUCGGGGCUUGGCCGUAGAUCUGAAGACUGCAUGGAUUUGCAUGCUGACGUUAAGAUAUCGGGUGUCGAUUGCUUUCUUCGGACGCGAACAAGUGGAUCCACGCACUGUCCGACGGACGUAUCGAAGUGAAACCGGCUCCGGCAUUCUUCCGCCCGAGGAACGGAAGAAACGCUUUAAGCCUUUGAACGACAUGUUCAGCACGGCUGAGGCAUGCCUGCUCGCUGACGUGGUUCAGUGGUUUCGUCGUCGAAAGAUUCCUUUUGACCCGAGGAGUGUCGUCACGGAUGUAUUGAGUGCUGUAGCAGGUGCUCACAUUUCUGAAGAGGUCCACCGUUCAAUCUGUGAUGACUUGGAAAAGUUCGUGGAGCCAGAUGGCAAGCAACACCUGCGGCAGCUCUUGGACAGACUACACAGCUCGGGUAAGAAGUUGAUGUUGGUGUCGAACUCUCCUUUCUGGUUCGUGAACAAGGGUAUGGUAUAUGUGUGUGGGGAAGACUGGAGAAAACUGUUUGAUGUUCUGGUCGUAUCUGCCGGCAAGCCAGCCUUCUAUACGCAAAACCGUCCUUUCAGAGAGGUUUCAACGAAUACCGGAAGGAUCAAGUUCAAGCCUGUUGAGUCACUGAGCGCAGCGGAAGUUUAUUGCCAAGGAUCGAUCGGGGAAUUGGUCCGGUUGAUGGGCUGGGACCACUCAGAUUCAACUGCCUCCGAGUCUGAGGUGGACGGCUCCAGCAUCAUUUACAUGGGUGAUUCCUUAUUUGCUGACUUGGUUGAUGCACGCCGAUUGUAUGGUUGGACAACAGGUGCGAUUAUUCGCGAAGUCGGAAACGAAACACAAAUUCAGUCGAGUGCCGACUGGCAGCAAGCAUGGAGAGUCUUGCAGGUGCUGACCCUGUGCACAAGGCAGUGUCAAGAUUCUUACAUUGGCUGGAACGACGCCUGCCAGGCAUACUCCGAAGAUGACAGGCGUGUUCUGGAUGAGCUGGAAGCUCUAUCUGCAGAUUUCCGGGGCCGUCUAGACAUGCUCAUGAACCCGAACUUCGGUUCGAUCUUUCGCACCUCGAGGGACAACGGGCAGACAGCACAGCCAUCCUUGUUUGCCCGCUGCUUGCAAAGACACGUGGAUUUUUACACGUCGAAAGUGGAAAACUUGAGGUUCUAUUCCACAGAUCAUCGCUUCUAUCCUGCGGACUAUUCGAUAGGUGUUUUGCACGAAGUCCUGCACUUGACGGACCCAAUCUCAGAUGCACUGCAAUCUGUCCAUCCCUGGGGUCUAAGUACUUCCGCAACAUUUCAAUUUGGCCAUGUACUCACCAUGGCCAUCGACAUCAUGGCGGAGGUACCCAGCAUCUCUGGAGCACCAUCAGCCCUACAGCCCGGAAAGGUCGACGAUGCUGCGAUCUUGAGGUGCAUAGACAAGCUCCAGACUUGGGAUGCAUCAAGAUUCGAGGUCCUUGCAACGCUGCAGAGUUGCCCGCGAAAUGCUGGGCAAGUUCGUUUGGUACAGGAUCGGUCAACAGGGCGACGGCUGGCAGUGAAACGAAUGCCACUGUCCUGGACCUGCGAGGAUGCAGAGUCUUUUUCCACUGCGCACCCAACCGAGACGGAGGUGCCGUGGAUGGACAUGGCUGCCACAAGGUGGCUGAAUAUCGUUGGCUUUCAGCAUUGCGUCGAAUAUUGCGGAGUGUUUCUGGACGAUGACUACGUGGCUUUUGUCAUGGGUUUGGCAGAGGGAGGCGAUCUCUUCACUUUCGUGGAUGCAAUGGGCUUGCCAGAACCUGGCCCUAUCCUUGAAGAAGCGCUGCGGCCUCUAGCUGUAGAGUUCCUCAGCGCGGUGUCUCGACUCCACCAGCUCGGAUUGGCUCAUCGAGACCUCUCACUUGAGAACGUGCUGCUGGCCAACGCGAAGGGUGGGCCCAUAUAUUUGAUCGACUACAGCAUGGCAACUACAGGGAGAUUCCAAACAGGACCAGCCUGUGGCAAAGCGUCAUACAUUGCUCCAGAGAUGCAUCUGGGCAGCGGCUAUGACGCUUUUCAGGCUGACGCGUUCUCCUGUGGGGUCAUCUUGUAUGCCUUGUUUGCCAAGGACUACCCUUGGAUAUCAACCAGGGCCGGAGCAUGCAAGUGCUUCGAGUACGUGCGCAAGCAUGGUUUUUUAAAAUUUAUGGCGAAGCGGCGCAUCAUCGUGGGUGACGAGAAAAAGCCUGUCGACAAGGUGAUGUCCAAGCCCUUUGCACAGCUGCUCGACGGCCUGCUCCGAUUUUCACCCGAGGAGCGUUUAGCAAUCGUUGACGAAGAUCGUCCAGGCAGCUCGGCAGGCAGCAUUUGGGCUCAAGCUUGGUUGAAGAAGGCAACCGAAGCACCGCCCGAAUCCCCUGAAUGA